AUCUCCGCAUUCAACUCAUCCAUCACUAACCUUCCAACAAAAUUUUACUUUCCACUUCCCACAUUUUCUCAAUCAUACAUAUUCAAGAUGGGCUGGUUCUGGGCUGACACAACACCGGAAGCACCAGUUGCACCACAUCCAGUUCCUCGAGGGAACGCAAAACCACCGCCCAGUUGUCCUAUGCACCAGAAGACACAACCGCCUCCUCCUUCACGAGCCCCCGACAAUGGGUCGGUUCCACAGGGUGCAUGCCCCUACGUCCCAUCAGACAAGUCUGCACCUGCGACCAACACUUCCGACGACUCAACGACUCCCCCGCCACCAAAGCAAGGCCUCCUCUCCCGUCUGAAUCCCCUUAACAACAUGCCCUUCGAUAUUUCUAAUAAGCGCGCCGACCAACAAUCACAAGACCUCCCCUUGGACCGUGAAGCCAGCACAAUUCCCAAAGGCGAUGGCUCGCUCUGGGAAUACCCAUCACCACAGCAGAUGUAUAACGCCAUGCUUCGAAAAGGCUACACCGACACGCCCGCCGACGCCGUGGAGAGUAUGGUUGCCGUACACAAUUUCCUAAACGAAGGCGCCUGGGCGGAGAUCUUGGGCUGGGAGCGCAGGUUCGGCAAGGGACUCGCGGCAGGAUACCAGAUCUGCAAGCGCGGAGAGGAAAACGCAAACAUCACACUGGGCACAGAGGAUCCCUUCGAUACCACCUGGAGUGACAAGCAGGCGCCGCCUCCUAAAUUGCUGCGAUUCACUGGACGUCCCGGGGAUACGACACCAAAGAGCCAGAUCCUGCAGUGGCUGGGUUGGGCGUGGCCGGAGAGGUAUGGGACGCCUGCACCUUUUGAUCGCCACGAUUGGUUCAUUCAGCGAUGCGGGGAGAAUGGGUGUGAGGAGGUUCGCUACGUGAUCGAUUAUUAUGAGGGCGAACCUGAGCCGACGGGAGAGCCGGUUUUCUUCCUCGACGUUCGCCCGGCCGUGGACGGCCCGCGUGCGGCAGCGGAGAGGAGCAUCCGCUGGGGCACUGAUGUCUGGUGGAGGGCCACCGGCGGCGUCGUGAGAGAGGUCAGGAAGGCCGAGGCUGCGAGGAAGGCAGCAGAGGGGGCAGAGGAGGCCACAACACGACGAUACAACUAGUGCCGUAUACUUGCGGCCAUUUCUGACUUUACAACCACGCCGUGACGGGUCCGUCAAUACUAAGACAAAGGCAUCACGAUUAAAGAACUUGGACGGAACGGGGGACUUAUAUCAUCAGCACUCUUCAGUCAGUGUCCAAAGGCGUUUUACGAAGCAUCAAUCGGUUCCAACUUUUUGGGAUUGCAUGGAGUGGAUAUGACUAUCUAUUGGUUCGAUCUUUCCUUUUUUUUGAACCUUUUUAUUCUUUUCAUUGUACUCGGCUUACCUUUUCUCCAAUUUGCCAACGUACUUGAUAUUUCUUCUGUUUUCCCAUCGGCUUGUGACAAAUAACGACCCACGCCUCUCUUCUCCCUUGGCCGUUUCUACAUGACUAUUUUGUACCAUUCUUGUAUUGUAAACAAAUUCAAUCAUGUGUUAAUACCACUU